CCACCCAGGCGCCCCCUUUCGUUUGGUCUUAACAUCACAUGCUUCUACCCCCAUCUCCUUCCUCACAGGCAGUGGUUUGGAAUACACCUGUAAGUGUGGAGGCCUUCAGGCAGGAGCUCCGUUCCACACGCAGACCGCCCCGCCUGAGCAAGCAGUGGGGACCGUGGAAGGGAGACCCCUCGGUGGCCAGGACGCCUUCCCCUCUCAGGAAGGCACGCUGUCCCCCGUGAACCUGACGGACGACCAGAUAGCCGCCGGCCUCUAUGUAUGUACAAACAAUGAAAGCACACUGAAGUCUAUCAUGAAGAAGAAAGACGGCAACAAAGAUUCAAAUGGAGCAAAGAAGAAUCUUCAGUUUGUCGGCAUUAACGGAGGGUAUGAAACAACUUCAAGUGAUGAUUCCAGCUCAGAUGAAAGCUCUUCCUCCGAGUCAGAUGACGAGUGUGAUGUCAUUGAGUACCCUCCCGAGGAAGAGGAGGAGGAAGAGGAGGAUGAAGACACUCGGGGAAUGGCGGAAGGGCACCAUGCCGUUAAUAUUGAAGGUUUCAAGUCUGCCAGGGUGGAAGAUGAGAUGCAGGUUCCAGAAUGUGAACCUGAGAAGGUGGAAAUCAGAGAGAGGUAUGAAUUAAGUGAAAAGAUGUUGUCUGCCUGCAACUUACUGAAAAAUAAUAUAAAUGACCCCAAAGCUUUGACCAGCAAGGAUAUGCGGUUCUGCCUGAACACCCUGCAGCACGAGUGGUUCCGCGUGUCCAGUCAGAAGUCAGCCAGCCCGGCCAUGGUGGGCGACUACAUAGCGGCGUUCGAGGCCAUUUCCCCGGAUGUCCUCCGCCACAUCAUCAACAUGGCGGACGGCAACGGCAACACGGCCCUCCACUACAGCGUGUCCCACUCCAACUUCGAGAUCGUGAAGCUGCUCUUGGACGCGGGUACGUGCGCCUGGUCUCUUCCCUGACCGCGCUCGGGCGGUCACUCCGCUCAGAGAAGCCGGCUGACCCGCUCCUCUGUGCCGGCACCGCCCCGAGCCUCCCCCAUUGCUUUUCCACGCGCUCUGGCAGCCAUGCCCUUCUUGAGUCACUGGGGGGACGCUUGACCCGGAAACAGCCAGGUCCGUUUUGAAAGGAGGUUGCGAGGCUGUUCUUGCUGCGGUUCAGCUGCGUUCGGGCGAGGUGUCUCCCCGGUGAGGAGCGCGCCUCGGGGUCCCUCCCGAGCUGCGUCGCGCUGGCGGGGCGGGACAGAGUGCUGCUCCCGGGACCCACGUCAGCUUCGCUGGUUGCAGGCUGCCACUGCAACGAAUUGUGGUAGAAUCGUAACCAUUCCCACCGAAAGAGACCCUGUUGCUGGGGACUCCGCGUAGAGUGAAGAAGGUGUCGUUCUCGUAUCUGAGCCCCAGUAACGAGAACAGUGAAAACCCUUGUUUACAAUUGGAACAUCCCAUCCCAGAACAUAGCCACUGCGUGUCUGAUACACGAAGCGAGGGUGUGCUACAUGGAAGGGUCCCCUUGGGAAAUGGCGAACUUCCCAACUUUUUGUUCAAAUACAGUAGCCCAGUGGUACAUACAGUCCCCGAGUCACUCUGAUUUAUUUUUGAAAGACAUAUUUUUACUUCUAGUAUGUGGCUGAUAACAGAAUUUAUAGUACCUCGGUCUUAAAUUAGCGAGCACACAAUGUGAACCUUUGAUUUAGCAUAUGCAAUAAAAUUGUCAGGUUUCCCCAUACUGCUUCUUGGUGCAGCUCACUAAUUUCUUCUACUCCGUUUUGGGGAAAUUAGAUUAAUGCAGAGAAGUAACCAAGCAAGAUUUACCCCCUUUUCUAAGUUGGCUUAUUCCCGGCAGACGGGACUAUGUUAGGCUAAAACUGCUUCCAUCUUAGAGGAAGGAAUUCCAAGCCUCCUUCCCUUUAGACUUUCCAGACUAGAAACAGAGCUGGUGAUACUGUCAGCCCACGUUGUUGUUUAUUUUUUUAAAAAAAGAUUUUAUUUAUUUAUUUGAGAGAGAGAGAGCACAAGCUUC